AUCGGGGAGCAGGUGUGAGGAUGUGUUGAACAGCGUAUGCGCGACUCAUCCUUCCUCCCGGAGAUGAUGACUGACAGAUUGUACCGCCGGAGCGGUGGUUUUUAGUCACUUUCACCAGCAACAAAGCCGCAGCAGCAGUACUGACGUAAACCUUCCAGCACACACCACAUUGUGAGCAUAAGGCAUCAGGACAGGGAGUCACUGAAACUGUAACAGAAAAUUACCUGCAAAGCGAUGGAAAAUGACCGCAUCGCAAGACUGAUGGUGUCGGCGAGAUUCAGUCUCUUGUUUCGCGUUCUUUAAUCUUUGAGGAGCCAGUAAGUUAUGUUGUGAAAUGAAAUGGGUUUUGAAGGGAUUGUUAUGACAAGAGUUGCUGCAGGGUGCCGCAUCGCCUGGCCGCUUGAUGGUAGGAUAGUGUAAUGCUUUUUUGGUGAUUGUGGUGUUUGGGUCUCUGGGGUGGGGAUGAAAAGAAAAGGGGCUUUUUGAUUGCGUUAUGUCAGGGUGGGAUCUAGGAUCUAUUCUCUAAAUCUCUUUUUUAAAACAAACACCGCAUGCUGGCAUCCACGGCUAUGAAGCUAUUCAUUUUUAAUGGAUCGUUAGGACUUAGCUGAAAUAAAUCUCCGUAAAAUCGGAAUGUAUGAGAUUAGAAAGAAAUAUUACUGUGACGUUGUCUAAAACGGGGAUUAAUGUUUAAAAAUGUGCACAUGCCUCAUUUUAAAACCAAGUGUGCAUUUGCAAACUACGCGCUAAAGAAUUUUUAAAUACCUGACGCAUUUGUUGCUAGGGUCUCUUCUUAUCAUUUUUAACGACUGGUGGUGAACGCUAAAACAUAAUACGCCAAAAUGACUCAUUUGCAAGCGGGUUUGUCCCCCGAAACGCUCGAGAAAGCCAAGGUGGAACUGAAGGAAAAUCCAGACACUUUGCAUCAGGAUAUCCAGGAGGUGAGGGAUAUGAUUAUCACCCGCCCAGACAUCGGCUUUCUCAGGACAGACGACGGAUUCAUACUGCGAUUCCUCAGAGCGAGGAAAUUUAACCACUUCGAAGCUUUCAGAUUGCUGGCUCAGUAUUUUGAAUACCGCCAACAGAAUCUGGAUAUGUUUAAAAACUUCAAAGCGACAGACCCAGGCAUCAAACAGGCUCUGAAAGACGGCUUUCCUGGAGUCCUGUCCAAUUUGGACCGCUACGGCAGGAAGAUAAUGGUUCUCUUCGCCGCAAACUGGGACCAGAGCAGGUAUACGUUUGUGGAUAUUUUGCGAGCCAUCCUGUUAUCACUGGAAGCCAUGAUUGAAGAUCCAGAGCUGCAGGUGAACGGAUUUGUGCUGAUCAUUGACUGGAGCAACUUCACCUUUAAGCAAGCCUCAAAGCUAACGCCAAGCAUGCUGCGACUUGCAAUAGAGGGCCUUCAGGAUAGCUUUCCAGCUCGAUUUGGAGGGAUUCACUUCGUCAAUCAACCCUGGUAUAUCCAUGCUUUAUAUACCGUCAUACGUCCCUUUCUGAAAGACAAGACAAGAAAACGGAUAUUUAUGCAUGGCAACAAUUUAAACAGCUUGCACCAGCUUAUUCACCCAGAAAUCCUGCCCUCAGAAUUCGGAGGGAUGCUUCCUCCAUAUGACAUGGGCACCUGGGCAAGGACACUGCUAGACCAUGAGUAUGAUGAAGAGACCGAGUACAGUCCAGAGUCCUACAGCCUGUCUGUGAAAGACUUAGAAAAAGACCUGUCUCCAAAAGCCAUGAAGAGAUCCCAGUCCGUUGUGGAGCCCGGAGUGCUGAAACGACCUGAUAAAGAGAAAAGCGAGGAAGACAACAUGCAGCCACUGCUCUCACUGGACUAAGGGAUUUCCAGUCCCUUUAGUUCCAGAAAAUAUUUGUGUUUCCCCAGACACCAGGGAUAGUACAUGGGAUGCUCCCAAAAAAGGCAAGGAUGGAAGAAGUUUCAGAACAGAAAACCAUGAACCAGGUUUUUCACUCUUAAUAGCUGCUGCUCUAAUAAACGUUAACAGAAGAUGAGGUUUAAUCUGGAGCAGGGGACACUUGAGCCGAAGAUGAAUGAAGAAUUAAAAAAAUAUUGUUAAGUGCCAAUUCAAACUUGUAAAUACACUUCAGUUCCACACUUUAAAGUACUGAGUCACUGUAGCAGGAAUAUCUGUACAGACCGAGAUGCGUAUUCUGUAUGUAUUUGUUGUGAAAUAUUUUGUGACAAACUGUUGGUCGAAGGAAGAACACACGUAGGAAAUUUGGUCACGUCAGUGUUCAACUGAUCCAAAUGACAAGUGCAACUCAGGAUUAAAAAAAAAUCAUUUAAAAAAAGAAGGUGGACAAGUACUUUAAGAAAGCUGCCUUGUGAAUAGAAAAUGGAGCUUCUGAUUCCACCACAUUGGAACCCAGUGAACCCAGUCAUUUCUCAACUUGGUAUUACCUAUCCACAGUCAGAAUUGCUUAAGGGUAUCAAUGCCACUAGAGCAUUUGUGCUAAAAAAUAAAUACAUUCAGGUAUCUGUUUCAUUAAGCAGGAAUCCCUUUAAGAUUUAAGCCAUAUUAUCUUUCAGAUAGGGGAGGUAUCUUAAUCUUUCAAAUGAUACCAAUUUUGAAAAAAACUAAUUCUUUUCAAAUUCUGAUAAUAAAAGGCAAUACAAAUACCACAUUGAAAAUCUAGCACGUACUGUAUGUGACAGUAUGUUUUCGUCUUUCUGCUGUGUCACUUAAAGUAAAAACAUGCAAUCAGAAAUGUUAAUCAUAGAGCACUGCAGUAUUAAACAUACAAAUACAUUUUCAAACAACUAAACCUUUUACGAACGUUCUUUCAUGAUAGACUUAAGACGUUAAGUUACAUAUCUGUUGAAAAAGUUAUUUGAAGAUACUUCAAAUAAUUAGUGUUAGAACUACACCUAGUUUUGUGAAAACUAUCACUUACAAAAUAAUACAUUUUUACAGUAUUAUCCUAUGCAUAAUGACCAGUAAAUACAUUAAUAUGAUAUCUUUUUGUUUUUUGAAAGUUUUUAUUUUACAUUUAGCUUCCAUGGUUUUCAAAUUUGAAUUGAAUUUUAAAUGGUCGCUCCUUUCGUUCCAGACUCAACAACAGGUUUAUGAAUUGGCUAUUUUCUGCUACUUCUCCUUGAUAAAUUCAAAGUUAUUUUUCUGCAUCCUAAUUUUUAUCAUAUACAUGCCAUCGAGAGUGGAUAUCCUUUUUCGUUCUUCAAAUUACCAAAGACUUUGGUUUUUUUGUUGGAAAAUAAAGGCUCGGCUUGACAUGGUAGUAUGAAGAUGUUUUUAGAAAACUUAAUUUAUUAGGAGUAACAGAACUGUGGGCUUCACAUACUGACAGACUGCUUUCAGCCUCCCAAUAAGGGAUAUUCUUUAUUCCAUGGCUUGUGGCAGCCGCACCCUCUUAUAUUCAAUAUUCUCCCAACAUGAAAUCCUGCAGGACUGUGUUCAUGUUCAGUGUGACUCAAAUACCUAAAUGGUGCACAGAAAUACACACCAUUGACUUUAUCUCAAGAGAUAAGGAAGUGACAAACAUCCCUUAUUUUGACAGUGACCAUUUAAUCUAGAAAACUUCUGAACAGAAAAGUGCACUGCAAAGUAGAUGGAAAAUUACUUGAAGACCAAUUUAAAAAUAUUUUCUCAUGGCAAGUUUUAUGAUAUUUAAAUAAUAAAUUAAACUAUUGUGUUAAGUGGGAGUUUGUAAUAAACAAAGAGAUUGGCUUAAAGAAAUGCCAUGCUUUAUUCUCGCUAAGCAUCGAGCAAGAGUGCUGCUUUUCAGUCGUUUUUUUUGUCUGGUGUGGCUUAACACAAAUUAUGACCUCCUGGAUCUCGCUAUUGGGCAUUGAUGCUAAGCUGCCAGUUAUUGAACGCUGGCUCUCUAAUGACUGCCUUGAACACUGGAAAAAAGUAAAUUGUUCUUGAAAGUGGAAAGUUUGAGUGGGACUUAUCUCUGACUAAUUGAUAGUUGAAUUUUUGGAUUAAGAUAUAAAGAAAACUUCUAGAUACUUGGAUGAGAAAGGGUGCUAGGUUGUAGUGUCAGUGUUAUAUAGUAUUUUUGACAGUCCUUCCGUAUUAAUAAAGGGGUGUUGACCAAUGAAAAACAGAACGUAUUAAGAACAGUGAAGAAACAAUUAAGUAUUAAGAGCAGCGAAGUUAAAGUCUGUUGAAGAUGGUGGCAAGUCUUCCUGUGGACGUCUUGGGCAAGUCUUUUUGUUUAUGAUAGUGCACACGCUCAAAGUAUUUCUUGCACAGGUUUAGUCUAUUAUUCCGAGAAAAUUGUUCAAAGAGCUUAACGUCUGUGUUUUGUGCCAUCAAAGACUUACCAAGACAAUUCUUUGUUGUUUUGUGCUUCUUUUAAAAUGAUUAUACUAUUUAAGGGGAUACUACUAAUUGGCAAUACAACUUUUAAAAUCAGAUUAUUGAAAAUAUUUACCUGUAUUACUUUUUGUUCUGUUCAUGAUGGCCUACAGAUUGAUUUUGAGUGGAAGUUUUAAAGAUUUUAAAAUGUGGUAUGCAUUUCAAAUUCCUGCAGCAUGUAGUUCACAACCUGGUCACGUGCAUUAAAAGUACAUAAGUGUGGCAUACCGUAUUGGAUGAUUUUCUGUUUAAGCAAAAUCCAUUCAUCUUUACCAAAGCAGUUAUGUUUAUUAAAAGAAAAAAAAAAACAGAUCAUUGUAUUUAAUUCCAUUUAUAGGAUUUCUUGACUAGUUUUCUUAAUAUCCACAAAAAGCAAACUCAUACAUGUUGGAUGAUUUUAUGUACAAUUACUACUAAUUAGACUGUUAAUUUGUCUUUUUCAUACAAUUAUUGUAUGUUUGAAAGGCCAAAUAUAACCAGUUUUAAAAGGUAUAGUCAGUUUAAAAAACAGCACAUGGUAAGUACUGUAUACAGAACAGAGCAUUGCCUGUGUGAAACCUGCAUAGAGCUCCACAGAGUGAAACAGCUGUAUAUUACAAUGAAUGUGUGUGGGAUGUUAUACUGUAUGUAAAAGGCUCAUUAUAGAGGGCCUGCUGCUUUACAUGGCUAAGUUAAAUCAAACAAACAACAAAAAAUAAAUAUUGACACUUUU